AAGAGGCCAGGGAGGAGUUGAGAUGGCCUUCUUCAACUUAUAUCUAUUAGGAUAUCAAAAUUCCUUUUGGAACAAAAAAAAGUACACAACUGAAGAAACAAACCAGAAGGAGCCGGUUCCCACUAGGUUUCCCCCCAUUAUCUCAGAAGAUGGGAAUUACUCUGUGCACCAGAAUAGUCACACAAGAUACCAUGCAGCUGUACGGAAAGUGUUGUUAAAGACAUUUCCCAAUCAGGUUUUCAGAGUUCCCUUGACUGAUGCUCAGAAUUUCAGCUUCUGGCGGUCCCAUGAUCCAGGAGUGCGUCCAGAGGAAACCAUGCCAUGGAUCCGGAGCCCACGCCACUGCCUCAUAAAAAGCCCAAUGACCAGGUUUAUGGAUCACUCUAUUCUCAGUGACAGAAACUUCAGUCUGUAUUGAGGAGGACAUGGUUGCAGAAAGACAAGAUGGACUGU